AUGGAAUCAUCAUCACCUUCUCCCACAUUUAUAAUUCCUCUCUUCAUCAUCAUUCUCUUUUUAUGUUCUCCGUUCAUAUUGACGACGAUAAAUUAUAAGGAUUCAAAUGAUGGCGUAUCAUCAUACAAUCAGGUCCAUGGCGAGCCUUCAACAGUAGUUCCUUUACCGAAUAUUGAUUUCUCGGAAAUGUAUCCCUUCAUUCAACAUAUUGAUACUUACAUCAGUUACAAGACACAGAUUGAGUCUUUUCCGAACAUGUUAUUAAUUAUUUAUUUUCCUUGGGAUAGUAUCACCAUUUACGAGGUGAAACAGGCUCUUAUCGAAGUUUAUAAGGAAUUUUCUCAAACCGAUAGACUCUUUACGGAAUACAAUGGAGAGUUACUGAAUGGCUUAACUCUCAUCCCAACCACUUCCAACUCUUAUAAUAACAACACAUCCGAUAAUAAGUUUGUUGUACGAGUGAUUAAUUAUCAUAAUGUUCAAGACAAGGAUCUGAAAGAAAAACUAGUUACUUUGACUUCUCCUUCCAUUCGAUUCAUAAAAGGCCUGGAAUCAGAACGACAUUAUUUCUAUAGCCAGUAUUCUUCAACCAUGCUCAUGAGAUUUAUCAAUAUUUCACUAAAUAGAAAAAUGUUGACGGAAGAGUAUCGUGAUGUGUGCAUUAACGAGUCAACACGAAAUGAACAAGCCAGAGAAAAAGCUCUUAGUCAUAUAUUGGAAGAAGAGCAAGUAUUAAUUGGCUAUUUUCCAGACCAAUCCAAAGAUGAGCAAAUGUAUUUGGAGAAAUUUUAUAAUUCUACUUUCAAUUAUGUGCAACCUUUGCGCCUCAAGUUCGUAAAGGUUUUAAGUGAGAGCAAAUUGAAAGAAUAUUUUGGAUGUCAUUCAACACUUCUUGGAAAAUUUAGAAAAAUUUCGACAGUUGUUCUCUACAAUAUUGUUAAGGAUGUGAUACAUGUCUACAAUAGUGAGCCCAAAUUAUUGGCAGAUUGGGUUCUCGAAAAGUAUGAACCACUUGUUGGAGAAAUUCAGUCACAAAGCUCGAGAAAAUUUUUAGAGUACAAGAAUAAGGUCAUGCUUUUCUUGGAAUCAUCUCAAAACGAUGCAAUAAUGAAAGCGUUCAAGAAGUUCUCGUUUGAAACAUACAAUCAUUUUAAAGGUGUUGAAUAUCGAUUUGGUUUUAUUGAGAGGGAAUAUGCAAAGAAUUUAUAUAGAAGCUACAUUCGAAGUGGACCAAAUCCUGGACAAGUGUUGACAGUUUACAAUAUGCCUGAAGAUAUCUUCCCCUCAGCAAUGAUUGUAGUGAAUAGCACUAUUUACUUUUUGGACAAAUGUUUAGAAAGAACUUAUGACAAAUUUGAGGCUUAUCAACAUUGCUUUCAAAAGUUCCUUGAUCAACCUUCUUUAUUUAUUCACCACAACAGCUUACAAAUCAAAGACAGCAUUUCAUAUAAUGCUCUCAAAUCAAUUCUCAAUUUACAAUUUAGAUCAAAAUUGGCACUAGUUUUCAUAUUUUCAUCAUCGUUCGGUAACACCAAUUACUACCUUUCAAUGCUUGAUGAAAUUAGUCAAGAGAUGAGUCCUUUCCUGGAUAUUUAUAAACUUGAUGUCAAGUAUAAUGAUAUUCCAAGUGAGCUUUUUGAUAAUAUUGGGCUAGUUUAUUCAAAGUAUAGCGAACUGGAUUAUAAUAUGGAGAAUAUACCGUACUUAAUACUUGUCCCAAACCAUCAGGACUCACCAAAUAGAAUUUAUCGUCAACCAACCAUUUCAUACUCCCUUUUAAGAAAAUGGAUUUCAGAGUAUGUUGCACAGUACUUGAUGCAACGUGUUGAAAUACCAACAGGAACUGGAGAACUUGUGUUGUAA